CACGCCGCGCGCCCACGCACUCCCACAUACACACAUACACACGCUCUCCUCCUUCUUCCCGUUCCCCCCCCUCCGUCUUCUGUUCUCCUUUGUUCCCUCCCGCAACCGGGGACUCGAUCGCUCGCUCGCUCGCCCGUCCGCCCGUUCGUCCGCGCGCGCGCGCACCAUCACCAUCAUGUCCUCGGUCAGCCUCGCCCACCAGGUGGACCCGGACGCGCCGCCCGGCCCCCGCGCCGGACCGCUCAAGUCCUUCCCCUCGCGCAUGCAGGACUCCGGCUUUGCCGGCUGGCUGGCCCAGCUGAAGAUCAUGCUGUGGAAGUACUAUGUCCUACAGAUCAAGCGCUACUGGCGCUCGACCCUGCUCCAAGUGCUGGCGCCGAUCCUCUUCCUUCUCAUUCUCUUCGCCCUCGAUCGCGGCUCCUCGCGGGUCAGUCGACAAAUUGGCGCCGAUCCCGACGCUCCGGAGGCCGCCUGGCAUACAUCGGUCCCGCCGGUGGCCCCCUGCUGGCCGCCCUUCGAGGGCCGUGUGCGCGAGAGUUCGGCCGGCUCGCGCGAGCGCUGCGCCACCAUCGCCUUCGCCCCGGGCGACGAUCCGACCGUGCGGGACAUCAUGCGGCGAGUGGCGCGAAACAACGCCGCUCGUGGUGGCCGGGACUUCCAUGUGCCGGAUAUGACCGUCGCUUCGGCCCCGGUCAGCCUCGAUUGGUCCCGGGCUGCCUUUGCCGAGGAGCUGGCCCGGUAUCCCCCGCCGCCGGGUGACGGGCUGGUCCCGACGGUGGCCGCCAACGCCGAUGCCGGCUUCGUGCCGGUGGCCACGGUCGAAGACCUCGCUCGGCUGGGCCUGUCCAACCCCAACUCCACGCUCUUUGGCAUCAGCUUCGAGCCCGGGGCCGGGGCCAACACCCACACCUACCAGGUGUGGUACAAUGCCACGGUUACGCCACUCGACAACAAGGCCUUCACCCCGACCGCCGCCGAUCGCACCUCCCUGCAGCUGGCAUCGCUCAUUCGGGCCCUUGAUGAGGCCAUGAUCCAACACCACCAGCAGGACGACCAAUUCCGAUAUGAAAUGUCCGCCCGCUCGUGGCCUUUGAUCGCUUCGAAUGGGACAUCUCGCAUUGCCCAGACUUCGACCCCGGUCUUCCUCAUUGCCUGCGGCCUGGUGAACUUCAUCCUCUUGCUGGGGACCGUGGUCUCAGAGAAGGAGUCCUAUCAGCGCCACAGCAUGCAGAUGAUGGGUCUCGCGCCCUCGGUUUAUUGGAUCAGCCAUCUCCUGUGCAAUCUGCCCAUGAUCACCCUCAUCUCCCUGGUCACCCUGGCCUUCGGUAACAUCUUCGGUAUCAGCUGGAUUUCCCAAACCAGCCCCGGGAUCGUCUUCUUCAUGUUCUUCAUGCUGCAGCUGUCGCUCACCGCGCUGGCCUUCUUCCUGUCGACCCUCCUGCGCACGGCCAAGACCGCCUCCACGGUCGGGCUCUUCGUGCUGAUUAUCUCGCUCCUGCUGCAGGCGGCCGUCUUCAACAACUCCUACUCCGGGUAUAUUUGGUGGGAGGCCCAGACCCACCCCUCCGGCCAGGGGAUCAUGGGCCUCCUGGUGCCGCCCUUCAACUUCGGCAAACUCUACCUGGACAUUUCUUCGCGUGCGGUGGGCGCCUUCAGCUUUGCCAGCGACAUGCUCAUCCCCGGGGAGGGCUUCCGCUGGGAGCACCUUGGCCAGCCGAUCCCCCCGUCCGCGGCGCCGGUCGGCAACUUCGACAUCCCCCUCCCGCGGGACAGCUUCUUCUGGUUCAUUGGCAACUUCCUGAUCUUCAUGCUGCUCACUUGGUACUUCGACCAGGUCAUCCCGGGCCCCUAUGGCAAGUCGGCCAAGCUGUGGUUCCCCUUCAUGCCAUCGUAUUGGGGUUUCGGCGGCGGCGCAACCGCGGGCCAGAUGACGCUGUCCUUCCCGCCGCCGACCCAACUCCCCGAUGAGGACAAGGAUGUCUUCGCCGAGCGUGUUGCCACUUUGGCCGAGGAUGGCGCUUCGGCUGCCGUACGCGUGACCCAGCUCCGUAAGGUGUACCGGUCGCUCUUCGGUGGCAAGGAAAACGUCGCAGUGGUGGACUCUAGCUUCCGCAUUGCCCCAGGGUCGGUCCUCGCAUUGCUUGGCCAGAACGGCGCCGGCAAGUCGACCACCAUCUCCAUGAUUUGCGGCUUCACUGCCCCGUCCAGUGGUGAUGUCUACCUCUUCGGGCAAUCGGUCACCAACAGCCUGUCGGCCAUCCGCAAUUCGCUCGGCGUGUGCCCCCAAUUUGACAUCCUCUUCGAGCAGCUCACCGGCAUGGAGCACAUUCGCCUCUUUGCCGGCAUCCGGAACAUCGACCCGGCCCUGCUGGAGGACCUGGCACGCGAACGCCUGGGCUGUGUCCGGCUUUGGGGCGUUCGGAAUCGCUUUGCCGGGGACUACUCCGGCGGCAUGAAGCGCCGGCUGAGUGUGGCCCUGGCCACCCUCGGUGACCCGGGCAUGCUGGUGCUCGAUGAGCCGACCACCGGCAUGGACCCGGUCAAUCGCCGGCAUGUGUGGAACUUCAUCGAUCGCUUCAAGAAGGGCCGUGCGGUGGUGCUGACCACGCACUCCAUGGAGGAGGCCGAGUUUUUGGGCGACACCAUUGCCAUCAUGUCCCUCGGGCGCCUGCGCGCCUUCGGCACCUCCACCAGGCUGAAGACCACCCUCGGGGCGGGCUACCAGCUGACGGUUCUCGUGUCCUCGGACCCGGCACUGCAGGUGGUUGCCGGCCAGGGGGACCCGGCUGGCGCCGCUCCGGCCGCCAGCUCAACCGACGAUCCGAUGGAAAUGAAGGACCUGUCCGCGGUGUCCGGCGCCGAUGGAACUGCCUCCGGUGGUGGACCGGCCACGCGCGGGGCCACGGCCAGCAGCAUCGCCGCCGCGGCCAAUCGCAGCGCCGUGGACAUCAUUCGCUCGGCUCUGACCGAGCUGAUCGGCACGGCUGCCAUGACGCACGUUCGUCUGACCGACGACUCGGCCGGAUCGCUGAUCUUCUCCAUCGGCAACCACAUUGCCACCAAUUCCGUCCCGGUCAUCGUCCGGUGGCUGGAGUCCUUCACCAAAAACCCGGCCCUCGAUCGCGACACCCCGCCCAGUACCCUGCUGUCGCUCGAGUCCCCGGGGGGCUUUGGCGCCAGUGGCGCGGCCUCUCCCCUGACCAUGGGGUCGCAGGGGUCCCUCGCCUCUUCGCGGACCACCGGCGCCCCGUCGAUCUCUCCGUCACAGCAGCAACCCCCACAGCCGGCCUACCAGACCGAGUCUCUGCAAGCCGCGGCCGCCAUCAUUCGCGACUGGUCCAUCAGCCAGACCACCCUGGAAGAGGUGUUCCUGUCCUUGAUCCGCCAGGUGAACCCCACUCGCACGGUUUCCUGAAAGGGCGGCUUGGCGAAGGCUGGUCAGAGGAAGGGGGGCCCCGCUUUUCUUUUUUAUUGCCGUCCUCCUCUCUCCCUCCCCUCUUCCUCCUCUUCCUCUUCUUCUUCUUUUCCAUCUCCUCCAAAUACAAGCCCCCAACUCCCGCA